UUGAAAGUUUCUUCAAGUGCAGUCGCAAAGACAAUCAAGCACUUUUAUUUUUUUUGCUUAAAACUUGGUUAGUUGAAGUAAAACCAUCUGCCGUCCAAAUUCGAAUCUCAAAGUCAAAUAUAGACUUAUUGACAUUCUGUGCACUUUCACAUUUUUACACUUCUCACAUUCAUUCACCUACUGUAUGUUUCAUGCAUGUUCAAACCACACACGCCCACACAUUCACGUUACAUACAAUUUUCUUAAAAAAAAAAAGCUGAUAUUUCAUUCAACUCAGUAUGUGAAUGUUAAGGAGUUUUUUUGUUGUUGUUGCACAAUACACAUAGGCCCACUGAUUUUCCAUUUAAAUGUUCAUUGUGUCUCAUCACUAAAGCCUUUGUGACGGGUCACUCAACGUUUUCAUUGUAGUUUUUGGACUGKGUUUUUGCCAUUUUCGAUGACAUAAUAGUGGUUACUGAUUGACUGGGCCAAUUUGCUCCCUGUGUGUUUGUAAAUGGGUGGCUGUAAAUGAGUUGUCGCAAUAAAGCCUUCAGGCAUUAGUCCCAGCUGACAUUGACUCAAGAAUGGUCUGUACAGUUAUGGUGCAUUAAAGUUGAGGAGCAAGUGCUCAGUUUACUAUGGGAGAAGGGAGCUGAAAUACAAUCUUGCUGCUUCUCAAUGCAGCCUAAAAUCCCUGCAUUUAUGUUGCUACUUGCCAGGAGUCUCAGCUUUUUUACAUUGAGUUUUAAGACCCCUUACACAGGUGUGGAUCAUGGCAAUGGACUGUAUAGGAUCCAGCGAUGCCUUCAAACUGGGGAUUUUAGGAAGCAUCGUUAGGAGGUCCCUGGAUGCCCCACGGCACUCCGUCCUCGCACGCCCCCCCGAUGGCCGGCAGCUGACCCCGCCCCCCAGGAUGACGGUGAGAGAGCGGCUGCGAGAGAAGAUCUCGGCGGCGUUUUACCGCCAUGGGCUGCUUUGCGCUUCCUAUCCGGUGCCCAUCAUCCUCUUCACCUCCGCCAGUAUUCUCGCCUGCUGUUACCCCCUGCUGCGGCUGCCUCUGCCGGGGACCGGACCGGUGGAGUUCACCACACGGGUCCGAGAUUACACCGUCCCUUCCCAUGAGCCCCAGGGAGACCUCGGCGAGCGGCCUGACUGGUAUCGGGGUCCUCCGGUGGCCUACAUCCAGCAGGUCCUGGUGAAGGCAGCUGUGUCUCCCUGGGACAGUACGCUGGUCCCUGUGGACGUGUUCCGCUCCCCACUGGGCCGCGUGUUCAGCCUGCUGGAGGAGAUCCGCAACCAUGUACACAACGACGGUUCUGGGGUCAGGAGCUUGGAGGCGCUCUGCCUGCAGGUGACGGACCUGUUGCCGGGUUUACGGCGUAUGCAGACAGUGCUGCCGGAGCACGGUUGUCUGCUGGUCUCCCCCGGCAACUACUGGCAGAACCAGCGGGAGCUGUUUGACUCUGACCCCGACCUGCUGAAGACCGUCCACCAGCACGAACCCAAAGGACUGCACACCUCCGCCACACUGAGAGACCUGCUGUUUGGCGUCCCGGUGAAACACACAGGGGUGAGUCUGUACAGCAGGAAGAGAGUGGUCACCUACACCAUCACCAUGGUCCUGGGCAGCUACGACGCCAGGUUCCUGUCUAGCAUGCGGGCGCGUCUCCGCCAGCUGCACCCCUCGGUGAACUGCAGCCUGCGCGAGGACCACAUGGUGCACGUGCACUUCAAGGAGGAGAUAGGCAUGGCCGAGCUCAUCCCCCUGGUCACCACCUACAUCAUACUGUUCGCCUACAUCUACUUCUCCACACGUAAGAUUGACAUGGUGAAGUCAAAAUGCUUGGCGCUGGCUGCCGUGGUAACAGUGCUCAGCUCUCUGCUUAUGUCUGUGGGGCUCUGCACCCUGUUCGGCUUGACGCCCACACUCAAUGGAGGUGAGAUCUUCCCCUAUCUGGUGGUGGUGAUAGGGCUGGAGAACGUCCUGGUUCUCACCAAGUCUGUGGUGUCCACCCCUGUUGACCUGGAGGUCAAACUACGCAUCGCUCAGGGCCUUAGUAAYGAGAGCUGGUCUAUCAUGAAGAACAUGGCCACAGAGCUGUGCAUCAUCCUCAUAGGAUAUUUCACCCUGGUGCCCGCUAUCCAGGAGUUCUGUCUGUUUGCUGUGGUGGGGCUGGUGUCUGACUUCUUCCUUCAGAUGUUUUUCUUCACCACAAACCGCGUCUGCCAGAGGGCUCCGCCCCUGUGUCUACUCCUGGCCCGCACACGUUCUGACCCAGCGCGUCAUCAUGAGGACCCCGCCAAGCACCCUCAGUUCCUCCCCGCCCCCGCUGAACCCACCCCGCUUCCAGAGAACCAGUCCCAGGCCACCACGGCCCCCAAAGGAUACCCCACCACCCAGGCCCCACCCCUGUUGCCCCGAUCAGCUGCUCGCUCUCUCUCAAUGCAAUCCAAACCAKCUUUAUUGGCACAUAUAGAGAAGGCAGCAAACGGGUUAACCCUCUCUCUCUCUAGGGUAGCAGCUCUGGGCCUGGCGGCAGGGGUUCUGCUGGUGCUGCUGCUCUUCUGUCUCUACCGGGUCCUCUGUCCUCGCAACUACGGCCAGAACGGCGUGGCCCACGGACGCCGUCGCCGCGGUGACCUGCCCUGCGACGACUACGGCUACUCGCCACCCAUCAGCGAGAUCUCCCCCCUGCUGCUGCGUGGACACAGCAUGGAUAUAGAGUGUCUGGCGAGUGAUGGCAUGCUGUUGGCCAGUUGUUGUCUGGCAGGACAGAUCCGUGUGUGGGACGCUCAGACUGGAGACUGCCUCACUGUCAUUCCUAAACAUGGGCUGCGGCGGAGUAGCAGCAGUGGCUGCUGGGAGCAACGGGAUGGCUGGGACGCCGUGGGUGUGGUCGAACCUGAGAAUCUGGGAGGCGGGACAGAACCAGGGAGCGGGGAUUUCGAUGAGGAUGAGGUCUACCCCCUCAGGCGGCGGACCACCCCACGCCCGGCCCUCUUUGAGGACCAACCCGACCUCACCCCCCUCAUCGACACCAACUUCGACUCCCAGCCCCCCUCCCACCUCCUCCUCACCCCGCCCAGGGAUGGCUUUGACUUCGGGGGGCUGGUGGAGAGAGCCUACCUAGAGCACGAGCCUCCCUCGCCGGGCCUCACUGCCUCCUACUCCUCCCCCUCCCCCCCGUCGGGACCCCCUCCCCAGAGGAGACGCAGCCUGGGGUACAUCCAGCCCCCUGCUCCACAGGGCCAGGGAACCCCGGACUGGGAAAGCGCCGUGUGGGCCAUGGAGCUUCGGGGGAACCUCAUUGCUGCUGGGAGGAGCAGCGGCAAACUGGAGCUGUGGGACGCAGUGGAGGGCUCGUUACGCUGCAGUAAUGAAGAUGGCGUCUCAGGGAUCACGGCCCUGUCCCUCCCCAGAGCAGUCCACUUUUWUCUGUUUGUACUUAAUGAAUAUGACCCAUGUGAAGUAUCAGUCAUUGUCGUGUUGCAGACCAUGGUUCUGGCCAGUGGGGGGCAGGACGGAGCAAUCUGUCUGUGGGAUGUGCUGACGGGCAGCCGGGUGAGCCACGUGUACGGUCACCGCGGCGACGUGACAUCGCUGGUGUGCACCACAUCGUGCGUGAUCAGCAGCGGCCUCGACGACCUCAUCUGCAUCUGGGACCGCAGCACGGGCAUCAAGCUCUACUCCAUACAGCAGGAGGUGGGCUGUGGUGCCAGUCUGGGGGUGAUCUCUGAGUCUCUCCUGGUGACAGGGGGCCAGGGCUGUGUGUCCUUCUGGGACCUGAACUUCGGGGACCUCCUCCAGACGGUCUACCUGGGCCAGAGCAGCGACGGCCAGGGGGUCCGCCAGCUCGUGGUGCUGAACAACGCCGCCAUCGUCUGCGACUUUGGCUCCGAGCUCAGCCUGGUCUACGUACCCUCGGUGCUGGAGAAGCUGGACUGAGCAGUAGCAGAACAGGGACAGGCUCCACACAGUGGCCUGGAGGAGUAGAUGAAAUGGUCAGUACUGACAAUGGGGAUACAUGCAAAUGCAACUCAUUUUGGCCCUACACUACACUGCAGUUGGACAAUCUUCUUGGAAAGAGUUGACGUGAUUGGCUAAUUUAGAUCGUUAGCACUUCACCCGAUUAGGUGGGAGGGCAUUUCUAUCGCAAUACAUAACGUUUAUUAUAAAGCUAAUGUCUGGUUGGAGAGACAGAUGUACAGACAGACAGACUUACAAGUGGUCAACCUGCCACAGGGUGAGGUCUGUCUGACCAGAAAGAUGACCCUUGACCUUGUUAGUAGCUCAGGGGGUUUGUAUCCAAGCAUUGGAUGGUUUGGGGUACACACACCCCAAGGGGUUACCAUCCAACAAUCAGUCCGUCACUGCACUCUAUGCUGCUGUCAUUGGCGGAGUGUUUGAUACCACGCCAGCCAAUCAGUGUAGCGCAGCUGUGGAAGGCUCAUGUCAUGAGGGCUGUUGGGUUAAGCUAAGCAGUUACUAGCAUGCGUGUGUUUUGUGUCCUGGGAAAGAAACGGUCCCUUUUUAUGGUGAAAACACUGCUGACAAAAAUCCUUCAUUAUUGUGUGUGUGUGUGUGUGUGUGUGUGCGAGAUAACUGGAUACGAUUACUGUAAUGAAAUGCACCUUGAGAGGGGGUUGUUUUUAUGUUGAAAUGUAUUUAUUAGUGAUACAUUUUAAAGUAACAAUUUGAGAUGUGYAUAUUAUAAUGUGCAGAUGUCAUAAAUGUAGGGUUAGAUUUUUUAUUUUUUUUAAACAUUGGUUAUGAUAUUUGUAAUAUGAAUAUUUUCGAACUGAAAAGGCUUAAGUGUUUUCUUGUAGUUGGAGAUUGAAGGGGAGAGGUUCCUUGCCUUACCAAGCCUCAGGCUCUGAUUUUAGGGCUACUGUUGCUGCAAGAGGACCCAUCUGGGCCCCUAAGAGCCCUUUUAGCUGUAGGAGGCUCUAUACCUCUAGACUUUCUGAUGUGCAUCUGAAGUUGUGGUAGCUCUACAUUGGCUGCUCUCUUCCCAUGUUGACUGGGCCCAGGAGRAAUGUCAGAUCAUUUGAGAUUGUGAAUAUAUUAAAUUGCACUGUUUUACGUUAGUAACAUUGUCAUGCUACCAUUGUACGUCUUGUUCUCUGACAAAAAGGUUCCAUUGAGGGUACUUUUUAAAUGCCUAAAAUUGCUUCCUCUUGAAAAACAUCUUACAACGGAGUUUCUCUGUCUCCUAUGUCUUUCCCAAUACAAUGAAACGGUCUCUUUACUUUC